GGGUCCAAAAAUUCUCACGAUGGUCACCAUAACUCGAGUAGUAUCAUUUCGCUCGAUUGUACUUGAACAGUGCUCGGUUCAACAAUGAUCUCCAGAGAGAGAGAGAGAGAGAAAGAAAAAGAGAUUAAAUUAAUUACGAUUCCUUGGUGGCAGUGAUGCUUGGGCAAAAGAGGCAAGGGUUUAGAGAGGCGGAAUACGAAAGAGCUGUAAAAAAGGCAGCGAUGGAGGAAGCGAGAGAGUUAAAUGAAAGAAGUGGCAGAUAAGAAGUGUAUUUCUCGUGUAAAAGGGGAGUAAAGCGUCGACGAAUCUCGUCAGUCGAGGAAUGAUCGUUGUGCCAGCUAGGCGAAACGAGUUUGCUACUGUUCUAGUAUUGUAAAGAAUUGCGAGAAAUCGCAUAUUUUCACGCAAAAAGUGUGGAACUUGAAAGUUUUGGAAUUUUAUUAAAUAAUAAAAAAUAAUUUUAUUUUAUUUCAAACAUUUUAUUUGUUAUUUGCAACGCUCAAGAAGUAAAAAUAAUUUAUUGUUGGAACUUCUUGAAUCUUAGUGAAAAAGAUGAAUAAUUAAUAAAAAGAGUUAAAAUUGAUAUAGAGAAAUGAUGGAAGUUUAUAGAUUUGGGAUAAGGUGUUAUCGUAUAUGUAAAAGUUAUGAGAGUUUCUUUGGUGGUGAGAAAGAAAGAGGAAACAUAGUGAAAUAGAGUGGUAUUCAAUAAUCGAGUUUCUGAACUGAAUGUGACCCUUUGUGAGACGUUAUCAAUGAUGAUUUGAUUUGAAGAAAGAGCAGGAAGAAGAUAGGAAUUUGAAGAUAACAGCGAUUUUUCAUUAUACAAUAAAUUACCUGUUUAAUGGUAAUGUUGAAAAAAGAAAUAGUAUGAAAUAGUAUUUAAAAAUCAAUUGACUCACAAAUUUCAGAUGUUUAAUUUAGAAUAUCGAAUCACGAAAUAAUGUAAUUCAAAUUUCCAAGACUUUCGUCAAUAAUAUAUUUCAAAGAUUUCCAAGAUCUUUACCUUCGUUUUUCAAGAUUUUUCGAGGAGACGAAGAAAUAUCUCUAGAAAAUUGGAAAUGAACAUAUCGCGUCAAUGCCAAUAUUUCCAAGAAACCAGCGAAAAUCAAUUAUUUUCAAUAAGGCAAGGUCGAAGUUCACCGGAUUCCGAUAGUUUCAAGAAAAACUCUCCGCGUCUGUCGCAACAAGUUCAAAUCCCAUGACCAUUCCAGAGUGAACGGAAGGGCUAAAGAAGAGGAAGAGGCUUUCUUUCUUCUCGUCGAGGCCUGAAGGAUUCCCCUCGGCCCCUUGUUUUUUCGAUGUCGCCACGACGAUGGGAAGAAAAUCGGAGAACGAGAACGGAUAGAACGAGUCGCUGCUAAUGAACGAAUAAAAAGAAGAGGAGAAGUGAGUUGUAUUCGAAUGGCUGGCUCGGAUAAGGAGCCCUCCUCGUGCGUUUAAUCGUUCCAGACAGUGGAGCGACGAUUGGCAUAUGCAAAUCUAGUGGUACAGAGUUUCAACAACACAGAAAUGCGGUGGUUCAUUUGAUUUUCAAACUUCAAUUCUCUUUAUAAUAAGAAUAAAAAAGUGUUUGUUGUUGAGACCAGUCAGCUUUCGAUGGGGCCAAUACAAGACAGUGGUAAACAUUGGCUUCAUUCAUCUUGUCCAAUUUGUGAUAAAAAAGUCAACGACAUUCGUCGACAAUUGAAAUUUUCAUAUCAAAAUCUGAAAAAAUAUCGUUCGAUUAAUACAAAUCGAUAAAUAAUUUGAAAUUGAUUAAAUGAGAAAAAGGAAAGAAAAUUUCCACAUAAAAAACACGAUGAAUAUCACAAUUGUGGCCGUACGCACUUCGUUCUGCAUUUCACUGUCCAAGAAAAUGUCACAACGAGGAAGCACAUAAACACGAUACAAAAUGGACGAUUCUGUAACAAACGACACAAUUUUCGAAUCUGGAGGUGAGAGUCUCAAGCACUUUCCACGGCCAGUCACUAUCGCAGCUGCGGUUUGCGCGAUAAUUUUCAGUGUCGUUGGAGUUGCGGGCAAUUUGGUAACAGUAAUAGCAUUAUUAAAAUACACGAGAUUGAGACGGCAUGCUACGACCGCUUUCGUAAUAAGUCUCAGCAUUUCUGACUUGAUUUUUUCCGCGGUAAAUCUACCAUUAACUGCGAGCAGAUAUUUAAACGAAGCGUGGGUGCUAGGUGAAACUCUGUGCAAAAUAUUUCCGCUUUUUUUCUAUGGAAAUGUCGCGGUAUCUUUGCUCAGUAUGGUGGCAAUCACGAUUAAUCGAUACAUAUUGAUCUCGAGGUCAGAAAUAUACGCUCAAUUGUACACCACUCAACGAAUCAUUCUAAUGCUAAUCGCCAUUUGGACGUUGAGUUUCACUCUACUUUUGCCACCAUUACUCGGUUUCUGGGGGACACUAGGCCUGGAACCAUCCACUUUCUCUUGCACUAUAUUAAAAAAGAACGGUAGCAGCCCAAAAAAAUUCUUAUUCGUCCUAGGAUUCAUCGUGCCAUGCGUUGUGAUAAGUGUCUCUUAUUUUUGCAUCUAUUGGCGUGUGAGGAAGAGCAGAAAAAAUCUGGAAGCCCAUGCCGGCCCGACCAGAAGAAAAGCGGGAGGGUUUCAACGAAGAGAGGACUCUAGAGUGACCAGAUUGAUGUUGACUAUAUUUCUGUGCUUUCUUUUGUGUUUCAUGCCGCUUAUGCUGGUCAAUGUGAUCGACGAUAAAAUAAAAAUCCCAAUUUUGCACGUGAUAGCUUCUGUGCUCGCGUGGGCCUCUUCUGUGAUCAAUCCUUUCAUUUAUGCCGGUACUAACAAGCUUUAUAGAGAGGCCUACAAGCAGAUUUUGUGUCCAGUCUCUGCUAAAAUACCAACUACCGGGCCGAAACCUACUCACUCGCAUUCGAGUAAAGUGUCAUCGCCUCAAGCAACUUGAAACUUUAUGGUUUUAUUCAUUUUGGCGAUGUUAUAUUGUAUAAGUAAUGUGUAUAUAAUGGAAAUUAAUUGAGAUAAGCAUAAAAAAUUGCUAAUAUUUUUAUUAUAUAUGUGAAUUAUUCAAAAUAAAAAUAAAAAUAAAA